AUGUCUGAAACCGAAUACAAAAAGGUCCUCCGCCUCGCAGGAUCUUACUACAAACUCCCCGAGGUCUCCGAGGAAGACUUCUACGCCUACAUCUCCAGCGAUCACGCCGUCAAGGCGGCCAAGAUCCACGAGAAAUAUGGGAUUCUCCACUACCAACUGGCGAUCGGAACCAGCCACACCCGCGAGCUGGCUCACGGGCUGCAGCUCCCCUGGAAGAUCGACGACCACGACGUGACCAUCGAAUAUUACUUCACCGACGUGGCGGCUCUGCUGGCCGUGUCGGCGGACGCGGAAUUCAAGGCCCUGCAUGUGGAUGCAGAGAAGUUCGUGCGCCUGGACGCGACAACGGUGGCUGUCACCUGGGUGGAGGUUUUUCUGCAGGAUGGGAAGCUGGUGAAUAUUGGGCCGGAUGGACAGUCCCUGCAUCCACCCUUUGCGGAACGCAUUGCAAUUGCAUUGCCCGAUAAGCCGGCGGCCAAGUAUUAUUAG